AUGGGUCAUAACACUGAGGAGUGCUGGACCCUCAGAGACAAAAUAGAGGAACUCAUCCGGGCGGGAAAACUCAAGAAAUACGUCCGUAGCGAACGCCCGCUGCAAUCAACUGAUCGGCCUGCUCAGAGGCCGGCCUACCGUAAGGAUAAGCCGCAGAGGUCGAGAGCGGAGCGGCCUCGUUCAGAGAGGCGACCUAGCCGAAGUCGCAGCCGUAGCCGAGAGCGCCCCCUGAGGGGGCACAUCAACACUAUCUCAGGAGGGUUCGCGGGAGGAGGAUCAUCUUCUUCCGCCCGUAAGCGCCAUGUUCGGGCCCUCCAAUCCGUGCAUUUGGUUGACAAGCCACGCCGCUUUAUGCCGCCCAUUACCUUCUCGAACGAAGACUUUCACGCCCCUGAUCCCGACCAGGACGAUCCGAUGGUCAUAACCGCAGAAAUAGAGCGGUACGGAAUCAGCAAAGUUCUAGUUGACCAGGGAAGUUCGGUCAACAUCCUCUACUGGAAGACCUUCCUGCAGAUGGAUAUCUCAGAGGACCUCAUCGUUCCUUAUGAUGGGCAGAUAGUAGGCUUUGCAGGAGAAAGGGUAGACACUAGGGGGUACAUGGAGUUGAGAACAAGGUUGGGAACCGGACGUUCUAGCGAAGAGAAGAGGGUCUGGUAUCUGCUGAUAGAGGCUAACACGUCGUACAACGUACUGCUCGGAAGGUCGUGCCUGAACGCGUUUGGGGCAAUCGUCUCUACCCCUCACCUCACGAUGAAGUACCCCUCCGAAAAGGGAACUGUCUGCACGGUCCGGGCGGACCAGAAGGCGGCCCGGGAAUGCUACGCGGCGAGGUUGAAGCUGCACAUUCGACCAGUAAAGAGGCGGGCGGCCGGCUCUGAGGUGGCCAUGGCAGACCUCGACCCAAGGACGAAUACCGAGGACCGUUUGGAUCCUAUUGGGGAAACCCAACCUAUCUUGAUAGGAAGGGAGCCCGCUUAG